AUGCCUAAGUCGGAGAGAAUCCCCGCUCCAUUCCCGUGGGCCACCGAGUACCGCGCCCAUGUCCACUCGCUCGACUACCUCUGGAGCUCGGCCAUCACUCGCAUCCGCGGCGAGGUGAUCUGCAAGCGCUGCGACGGCUCCCAGAUGGUGGACCUCGACGUCCGGGACGCCUUCAUGCAGGUAAACAACUAUUUCAUCAGCUACCGCGACUCCAUGCACGACCGCGCUCCCAAGUGCUGGACUUCCCCCCGGCUGCUCGACUGCUCGCUGUGCCGCCAGUGCGACUGCGUCAAGCCCGUCAUCGACGCCAAGAAGCGCAACAUCAACUGGCUCUUCCUGCUGCUCACCCAGACGCUCGGCCUCUGCACGCUCGACCAGCUCAAGUACUUCUGCAAGCACACCCGCCGCCACCGCACCGGGGCCAAGGACCGGGUUCUCUAUCUCACGUACGUUGGCCUUCUCAAGCAGCUCAAUCCCAACGGGCCUUACGACUGAGCGAGCGAGCGAGCGAGCGAGCCUCCGGAUCGACCUGUGCUCUUUAUGCUGCGGUUGAUCUUUGUUUUAACUGUUGUUUCCUCUGUUACUUACGAUGCGUUUCCAAACUGAGACCGACCUUUGAUCCUUGUUUCCAGUUAUGUGUGACCACCCCAUAUAGCGUGAAAGUGAGAUUUGCUGGUGUGAGAUUUCCUGUACAAACAUGCUUUAAUUAAAAUUUAUAUAAUAGUAA